UUUGGAUGCUUUUGGUGUGCGUCUCCAGAUACGAUUACGAUUUCAAGCACCAGGGUGUUUGUAAACUACACCCGAUGCUUCCAAAUGUAUCUGGGGGGUGCAGCGCGGUACAUGUUGUGUUGUUCCGUGCCACUACUGUUGGUUUGAAUGCUUCUUCGGAGAUCGAGGAAUGCACUGCCCUGAGAGCAUUGAUCGAGUAUCUAUAGAUUCCCAUUCAUACUUCUACUACUUGAUGCUCGGUAAAUCCUGGAGGCGAGCAAUGUAGCUAAGUUGGCAACCGAUUCAAUCCAAGGAGGCUUACUGUAUUGCACGAAUGAUCUACUACCAAUGGCUACAAGUCCCAAAAUCAUGUAAGCCAGCUGGCAUGUUUUUUGCGUUGUGCUUGUGUAUGUGUGUUUGUUCUAAUGACUUUCCCCAACAUCACCAUUCGCAAUUCUAAAGCUUCUAAGUUGGAUGGUGAGUCUCCCCUGACCGCACUGUCAGCGCAUUGCACUUGAGGAGCUGCCAGACCGGUGCCUUCGCUUGUGCGUGCUGGGCGGGACUUCCAUCCAAAGGUCGGAGACGGAGCAGCUGGCGGGCGCCAUUGCCAAGGCUUUGGCUCAGUUGGAGGAGCCCCCUGUGGUUUUUACCGAGGGAAUGCCAGGCGUUCAGCAAGCCUUUAUGCGGCAGAGUGAAGGACUGCAGAUGGUUCACUUGGUGCCCAUCGGACAGGCCUGCAGCUGGCCUGGCCGCGAGCUACUGGCGGGAAAGGACGUCAAGGAGCGCAAGGCAAUCUUCAGCCUGGUUGGCGAUAUCUAUUUGGUCCUGGAAGGAGGGCCGAAUGUCGCAGCACAAGUCAAGCCGGCCUUCCGCCGUGGUGCCCAGAUCAUCCCGGUCAUGCGCACGGGUGGCGCGAGCAGUGGGCUCUUCCAGUUCCCUCAGGCUGCACUGCAAAAGCCUUCUUUUGCGGAGCACGCGCAGUGGGCCUUGCUGAAGGACAGUGAGGCCUCCAUUCACUCCACUGCCUUGGCGGUGAAGGCGCUCGUGGCGCAGCUCAUCGAGAUGUUUCCCGAGGGAUGCGGACGUGAUCUCACACCGGAGGAGCCAGUGAGUCCCAGUGAGGAGAGUCAGAGUCCAGGAUCCUCGAGCAAGCCGCUGCUACCCAAACGAGAACCUGAGGCCGUCACGCGGAGGGAGCCUCCUCCGCUCGCCGAGCUCAACGAGCUGCGGAGAGGCUCAGGAUCUGGCGGAGAGGCUGCGAUCAGCUCCAGGCCCCCAGUGGCCGAAGCCGAGCUCCGACCACCUCGCACGCCUCCGCGGCCGCGGACGCCGACGCGCACGGUGCCGCCCUUGGCGGCCAGUGAGCGGCAGCGGGCGGAGAGCAAGCGGCGCUCCGCACGGGAUGAGUGGAACGUGCAGGAGAUCCUGCUGGACUGGGCGAUCUCCCGGCAUCCUGGACGCCAGGUGCGGCAGAGGUUUGAUCUCCCAGCACCCUUGGCAGAUGAGGCGGAAUUUCGGCAUUACUUCAACCUGAUUUUUCCAUCCUUGGAAAUCCAACUGUGGGACGAUAAUGAGGAGGACCAAGAGCCUGCAGCGCAGCAGCUUCUCAUGGCCUUCCGUUCUGCGGACCGCGACGGUGACGGCUUUGUGAGUGUUCGAGAACUACACUAUGGGAUACAAUGUGCUUACGGCUAUCAAUGCCUCACGACCAACGCCGUGCGCCAGCUGGCCUUUACCCCACUAACGGCAGAGCGAUUGCAGGAUCUAAUGGAGUCUUUGAAUGAAGGUUUCGUCUCGGCGGCCGAAGUGAAAGGCGUCCUGCUUGAGGCGCAGCUCAUCGGUGAGGGGCGGCAAGCCUUGCUUUGGGCACUGGGCUCAUGGUAUGUGAACGUCCAGCGUGCUGAGACCCCAUGGCUUCAGGUCUUGCGCGCAGCGGUGCGGCGGUGGAUUCCUUCGGAGGAGGAACAUCAUGGUUGGAUGCUGCAUGACUUGGCACGGAUGACCAUGGACUUACCCAAGACCCUACCACUGCCCAAGCGCUUGGGCGGCCGUCCGGACUCCACCUCCAGGGCUUCGCAGGCCUGCAUCCUGACAUUGGCUGUUUUGAUUCACAUCUUCUAUCUUUGUCUCUUGGUUUUUCCUGCGGUGCUCUUUGGGCUCAUGAUCUACUUGGGCUCGGAGCACGGCGACGACCGCUGCCCAAAGGACUUGGACGCUUUGCUGGUUUGGUUCGGUGCGCUUGGGGCGGCAAGCUUGGUCAUGGACUGUGCCAAUGAUGGUAAGCUGGCCAUCUCCUUCAUCACAUGGGCUUUGAAGAUCUCCUUGGCCCUCAUGCCUUUCCUGGGCAUGGCUUGGACACACAGCCUCCAACACCGCGACGCUGAAAUGUGUGGGCCCUUCGUGUUUUGGACCUCGAAGUGGAUUUGGAGUGCAUUGGCUUCCUGCGAAUUGUACGUUCUUUGUUUGCUCUCCUGGAGCUUUCAUGUCGCCCGCAAUCACGAGCGCUCCCUCCGCCGCGCGGCGGUGAGCGAAGACGAGAACCAGUGCCCAGCGGUGAGCGAUGCCUUGCUGUCGUGAUCCAAAAAGAACCGCCCCAAGCGAUGCAGCGCGAUGCGAAGCGAUGUGGCGGAGUGGCAGAGUGGCAGAGUGCUGGUCGAAGUUUUGUGAUUGAGUGAAGCAUGCAAUCCAGAUGCACGGAAAGACUAUAUGAAAGAACUUCAAUGUGCUUCAAUACGUUUGGAUAUGACGAUCACUAACAAAACUCGAUUCAAUAACGAUAUCCAAAACAGUUGUUGUUUUUUUUUCCAUAUCAGGGCACCCAAUCCUUUUUUUCGUGACACCCAGUUGGAAGAUUUUCCAUGUUUCUCUCGACCUCUCCAAGGCUGGCAAUCCCCAGAUCCAACGCCUCCUCCCCGCAGCGGCCUUCCUCAGCCAACUCACCCGG